AUGGAUCCUGAGAGUAGUAGUACUACUUUAUCCGAAUUUUUCGACGACGGCCAAGAUCAUCAGUUCGGUCACGAUGAUCAUGCCUACGUCCUGAAAUUCGGCGGCGCGGGAGACGACGAUCUCUUCAGCAUCUUGGAGAGCUUAGAGAACGUCAUUGACUUCCCAGCUCCUCCGCCGUUGGUUCAUGAUCAGACUACUUUUGCUCCGAUCGGCGGCGAAGAGUCGACGGUGAGGUUUGCGUCGCAGAAAUCGACUUCGUCGAGCACCUUGCAAGAGUACUUGGAGACAUCUGAUCAGCUCGAAACGGCUUCGCCGAAGAGCAAGAGAUUGAAGGUUUCUUCAAGUACUGGAACAACUACUCCCAGUACUUGUUCGGACCAUGAUCAAGCGAUUAAUCCAAUGUCAUCGGACGGACAAGGAAAGAUGUCUCAUAUAACUGUUGAGCGCAACCGGAGAAAGCAAAUGAACGAACAUCUUUCGGUGCUGCGCUCUCUUAUGCCUUCCUUCUAUGUCAAAAGAGGAGAUCAAGCCUCAAUUAUUGGUGGGGUGGUUAACUACAUCAACGAAUUGCAACAAGUUCUAAGUUCUCUUGAGGCCAAAAGGCAACGCAAAAUCUACACCGAAGUGCUGAGCCCUAGGCUAGUUUCAAGUCCAAGGCCCUCGCCGCCGGUACUCAGCCCUAGAAAACCGCCGCUAAGCCCUCGCCUUAACUUACCGAUUAGCCCGAGAACCCCUCAGCCAGGCAGUCCAUACAAGCCUAGGCUGCAACAAAGCAGCUAUCUUAACUCUCCCACGGCCAUGGCUCCAGCUUGCUCAUCACUUGAACCAUCUCCAACUUCUUCUAGUACUUCCUCUAACAUCAUUAACAAUGAUAACAUCAAUGAGCUUUCGGCCAAUUCGAAAUCGGCAAUUGCCGACGUCGAGGUGAAAUUUUCCGGCACAAAUCUACUUCUGAAGACCGUGUCUCCUAGGAUUCCUGGACAAGCUGGGAAGAUAAUUGCUGCUCUUGAAGAUUUGUCACUCGAAAUUCUUCACGUCAAUCUCAGCACCGUUGAUGAAACCAUGCUUAAUUCCUUCACCAUUAAGAUUGGAGUUGAAUGCCAGCUUAGUGCGGAGGAACUCGCGCAUCAAAUCCAGCGAACAUUCUGCUAAGAACAACGUUAUAUAACACCGAUAGUGUUGAGCAAUACUCACUAAUAGAAGAUAGAAUCCAUAAUAUAAGACUUAUAAAUAGAGUUUAUUUUCUAUUAUUGGUAGUGCUUAGCACUAGUGGUGUCCUAAAUCCGUUAAUGUGUACUAAAGAUAGUUUUAGUGGUCUCAGUUUAGCUCUAACAAGACCUCUCUCUCUCUGCAUAUAUAUAUUCUCUCGAACGAAGUUGCAUGCAAUAACGAAAGAGAGAAUGUG